AGGCGCUGAAGAGAGAGCAGCAUCUUUUCUCCUUCUCUCUUCAUUUCAUCUCUUCCACUUGACGAGGUGCUCUUUCAUGCGAUAUGAUUUAUUUUGCAUGUCACUGAAGGGUUUUUCGGCUGAGAAAAACUUGACUUAUUUGCCGAAUCUCGGUUUGCAAAAAGACAGUUCUCGUAAUAGUUAUUUUAGAAUUCAAAGAUUCUGAAUAUUUUUAUUUAGAAUUUGUUACAAGAAAAAAAUAAAACUUUAUUUAUAAUUUAUCGUUAAAAAUGGAAGAACAGUUUGGUUUCAGCAAUUACAAAAAAUGUCUGAGGAUAUGUUUCAGUGCCUUGAUAGUUUUAAUUUGUCUACAAAACGCAGUAGCGAAUGGUUGCAGCAGCGGUUUCAUCACAUUCGAACUGAUAACAGGCUAUGUAUACAGCUCUCCUGGGGACACGAUGGAACUCGUACCAGGAACCCUGAAGCUCACCGACUGCCUCGCCCUCUGUAACCUCAACGCCACAUGUCAAGCGGUCAAUUUCGAGACUGGACUGUGCGUGCUCUUCAGUUCCAGCGCUGUCCAACGACCCUCCUCUCUCACACCCUCACAAUUCCCCGUCUUCACGAUUUACGCCCACAAAGUCUGCCUCCUCGGUCGAAAGAAGUGCGAUCGGGACUGGAUGUUCGAGCGUGUGAACGGUUACGAGCUCCGAGAUGUAGCCCGCAGUUCCGCUAUCGUCAUGUCUCGUGAAGCCUGCAUGGAACUUUGCCUGAAUGAAGUGCAAUUCAGGUGUCGAUCCGCCAAUUACAACCGGGCAACUGGCGAAUGCUUCCUCAGCGACAAAGACAGGACAUCUUUGAGUCUUACCUCUUCCAACAGAUAUUUCGGACCAUCCAGCGAAAGCAUCGAUUAUCUUGAAAGCAACUGUGUUGAUGAUCCUGUAAGGCUUUGCGAAUUUCGUAAACUGAACGGCAAGCUGCUGAAAACCGUUGAUGCUGUUUACCAAGACGUUAAUUCUUUGGAUGAAUGCCGCCAGAAAUGCCUGAGCGUGAAUUACAGAUGUCAGUCUUUCGACUAUGGGGACCCUAGCCAGCAUGUAUGUCGGUUGUCUCACCAUUCAGUUUCCACUCUGACGCACAUCCAAGACCCCUAUUUAGACAUACCAGGAGUCACAACUUACGAGAUUUCUGCAUGCUACAAUGUGACUAUCCAGUGCAAAGCUCGGGAGAUGAUUGCUAAGGUUAAGACAAGCAAAGUAUUCAAUGGUAGAAUCUACGCUAAAUCCCGGCCCAACUCCUGCGUCGCCGAUGUCGCUAACAGCGUCGACUUCGAGAUCAAGAUGGCCUAUCAUGACCUUAACUGCGACGUCAAACAAGAGAGCUUCGGAGAAUUUUCCAACGAUAUCGUGAUCCAGCAUCACGACAUGAUUGUGACCAACCAGGAUUUAGGACUAUCCGUUCAUUGCCAGUAUGACCUGUCCAAUCGCAGUGUGUCUCACGGAGUGCAACUUGAAAUCAAUGGUGAAGUGGAUCCAGCCGGAACCCAGUCAGCGACGGUCAGCUCCCCCAAUGUUACUAUGAUGAUUACAGACAGGAACGGAAAUGAUAUCACUGCCGCCCAAGUCGGUGAUCCUCUUGCCCUGCGGUUCGAAAUUAUAGAUGAAAACAGUCCCUACGAAAUCUUUGUCCGUGAACUGGUCGCCAUGGAUGGAAUUGACAAUAGUGAAAUUCUGCUCAUCGAUAGCCUGGGAUGUCCGACUGACGUCACGAUCAUGGGAAGUCUAGGUAAAGCGGCCAAUUCGGGUAAGACAUUACUGGCCCCCUUCGAAGCUUUUAAGUUCCCGACAUCAGACAUCGUCCAAUUCAAAGCCUUGGUAACACCUUGCCUGCCCAGCUGUGAACCGGUGGAAUGCAGCGUGCAGAGCCAUGGACAAACCCGCGAUUUCAUGUCCAUGGGCCGCAGGAAGAGGCGUGGAGCAUCAUCCUAUAAUGUUUCACCCUACGGGGUAGGAAGCGUAGGCAGAGUGCCCGACGACGACAUGGUGGUCGUUCAGACGAUUCAGAUAACGGACAAAUUUGGAUUCGAGAAAGAGGACAAACUUCCGCACAGGAAGAACAGAGACGAAAAUAAUGAAGAAUCAAAGAAGGAAAGCAGCUGUGUGAACCUCGUCGGUCUUAUUGUUGCAUCCUCCAUGUUUUUAGUCGCUCAACUACUAUUAAUUCUUGCAUGGGCUAUUAUGUGGCAAAGGAGGAAAAGAAGCAAACUGGAUGAUGACUCUACAACCAGUACACGUUCGUUUGGAUCACAGUAUUUCAUGGGCAGGCAUUAAUUUAUUUAUAUUAUUAUUAUCAUUAUUUUCAAUUUCGCUGAAACGGGUGGCAAAAGCAAGAUGACUUGCUGAAGAACACAGAGGAAAAAAAUAAACUGCUUACCUGGAAUUAAUUUGUGUGGUUUUAUGAACUAGGAUCUAUUAAAUUGUUCUGUUGUUGUUUGCAAACUAUCAUCCUUUAAUUAUUAUUAUUUAUAGCGAGUGAUAUUUGUUUUAAGUUAUUGACAUUUCACAUUUCCUUCGCCUAAUCAACUUAAUUUGCCAAAGAAUGGUGUUUUGAAGAAAUACUUAAGUAACUUUUGUUUCUGUUUGUGAUCGUAUUUCACUCAUCUGUUUGUUUAUAAUUUUCUAAACAUGUUAAUUGUUCGAAUGUUUUAUUUAUAUUUCAAGAUUUGGUCCUAAUAUUUUGCGUGUAUUAACAUUCUGAGAAAUUAAAAGAAGCUUGUAAAAGCAGCAUUCAGAAUUAAUGAUUUAGUUUAGAAAUUUUAAAUGCUUUUUUAAAGAUUUAUAUACGUUACAAAUCAUACAAAACUGUGAACAUUUAUGUGGUUAUUUAUAUUAUUAGUGUAUAGCAAUAAAUCUAGAACAACAAAAAGAACACUAGAUAAAGAAGCUAUCUUAACUUUUAAAUGUAUUAAAUUCUGAUAGUUUUAUAAUAUUUUGUAAAACUUACUAUAAUGCUGAAUGCUUAUUAAUACUUUACCACUUAGUAUUAAACUCUGAUAGUUUCAUAAUAUUUUGUAAUACUAUAAAUUCUAAUUCUAAAUACAUAAUAAUACUUUGGAAAAGUUAUAGUGUUUUACAAUACUUGGUUCAAAAUUAAUGAAUCAGAUAUUUAUUCUAUUCAAAGAAAUGAUUAGCAACCAAUGAAAAGAAAUGAACACAUAUUUGUAAUUGUAUUAUUUUAAAUUGUAGAGUGUAUUAACAUUUUAAGACUAUUUUGUUUAUUUUAAUGCUGCUUAAAUUUAAACAAACAACAAUAAAAAUAAAAGUUAAUUACUUUUUAUAAUGAUAUAUUUCAGAAUGUUCUAUUUUCUAUCUUAUUCUUACCAAAUGGUGCAUACAUGAAACAUGUACAACUGCAGUUUAUUGCAUAAACUGUUGAAUAGUACUGGCAUUUUUAAUUAUGUACAUAGUCUAUUUAUUAUUUCAUGCACUCAUUUUUCUAAAUGGAGUUAGCAGGGGUAUUUAUGUAAUGUAUGUUUGUAUUUAUUAUUGCUUGAGUAUUUUUAUUGUAAGGUUUCAUGAUUUGGGGUUAUAAUUCAUUCUGAUCAUUCACUUUAUUUAUUUUCAUAAGAAAUCAGGAUAAAAAAUGUGAAAUAUUUAGGAAUUUUGAGACCUGCUAUAUAUUUUCAAAUAAAAUAUUUAUAUCCUUCACAAAAUAUAUAGCACGACUCAGAAGAACUGUGAUUUGAGGUACAAGAUAAUUCUAAUAAGACAAAUAUGUUAUUUAUUAUAUGAUGGAAUGUGCUUUGUAAAUGGUAUUCUUACCACUCAGGUUAGUUUAUAAGGAAGCUUGCUUAUGAGAUUUAAGCGAUAUAAUAAAUUAUAUUUAUCUUUUGUACAAAAAUUUUGUAAUAAAAUAUUUGAAAUUUA